AUGUCUCAACCGAACUUGCUUGAUAUAGUACCGGAAGAUUUAUUCCAAACACAUUCUAUUAACGAAAUAGACCAAGUUCAAAAGAAGUUGCAGUAUGAAAUCGAGCGAAAAAGAGAGGAAUUGCGGGCUAUGGUGGGAGAAAGAUAUAGAGAUUUGAUUCAGGCUGCAGAUACAAUUGAAGAAAUGAAAGUAACAACAGCAAGCACCUUGAAUCACAUCCAUGAGAUGAUGGUAGCAUGCAAAAGUUUGCACAACACACAUUUAGUUGGAUUUAAAAUGCAGGAUCAAUAUGUACAGAGCUUCCAAUUAAACUCAAACCCAGUACAUGCUAUAGCAGUGCAGGUUAAAUUGCUAAUGGAAAUACCAGAGAAAAUAUGGAAAUGCAUUGAAUCUGAUGAUUUUGUGAAGGCAUCACAGCUGUUUAUAAUGGCUCGUCAUGUUAACACGGGAUUACAAUUACAAAUUGGUGGCAAAAAUAUUAAGCCAGGCAUGCAAUCAUUACAGAGAAUUGUGCAACAACAAUGGAUUUCUAUUUCCAACUUUAGUCAGACAAUUAUUAAUGUGUGCCGUGAGAAAUUGCAAGAUGUUGACAUCAGUGUUCAGGUGGCUUGCUCAUGCCUAGUUAGUCUGUAUCUGUUGGAUUCUCAGACUAUGGUAGAACUUUUAAAUACCUUAAUUGGCUUGCACAGUGACAGUAGCCUUAAAUCUACUCUGCAGUUUGAUCUAGCACAGAUAUUAGAUGGAGAUGUCAAAGCACAGAUAAAAAAAAAGGUUGUAAAUGGAGUAAAAAUUGUGUUAAAGACUGUUGUCUUGGUAUAUGCCUGUUUUGUAAAUAACGAUGGAGGAGCAGUUGUGGAAAUGUUGAAAGAUUUGUACCGAAAGGAUUCCAGUCCGUUAUUAGAUUUAGUGAACUUCAGUGAUCCCGUUUCAUUGAAAUUGCUACCCUCAGUUAUUUCAAACUAUAGGUUGUCAUCAAAUAAGGAAGUGCAAGCAUUAGCAAAGGAAGAUAUAUCGAAAUCUGUUCAACAAUGGAGUGUAUGGGUGAAAUCUUACAUACAGUGUAAUGUUAAAGCAUUACUUCAGAACAUAACAAGAGUUAAAGUGCUACACGAGAUUAGGGAAGAGGCAUUUAAAAUAGAAACGCCACAGAAUUGGAGUGAAAUUUGCAGUUCCCUGGACAUACCGGAAGUUCAUGUCUGGUGCCACUACUUCCAGCCUCUGCUAACAUCGAGAGUUAAGAUUAUAAUCGAUAAUCGCUGGCUGAAAGUGUAUGAUGCGUUCAAAACUCAGAUAUUGGUUGACCUCACUAAAGUAUCGUCGGAGAGCGAGUUGGAGAAAGAGGCCGAUAUAAAUUGGUUUGUGUGGAAGGAUCUCAUUGGAGAAACUGUUAUUGAAUCCCGAAACGAAGUGAUUAAGGUUAUGAAUUCACUUAUGAAAGCCAUGGCUAGACAAGAUCGUGGUUUCACACCGAAUCUUGAGAAACUCUGCCAAGGUCUUGACGACGAACUACAGAAACUUCUAGAAGAUUUACAGGUGUACCUAUAUCAGAAGAAAAGCAGUGCUAGUAGUAAACAGUUGUUUUCGUACGAAGAAGACGAUGACACUCAGCAGAUAUAUGGCGAUAGGACUGAAAUUGAACAGUAUUUGAGAGACGUUUCCGAUAGAAAUAUACAAAGUAUGCUACAGUACAUAAAAGCGUGCUUCGAAGAACCAAUGCUCCAAUCCACAGAGCUACAGCGAAAGACCACUGCAGUCUACACUGCACGAUUCACGCAAGCAAUUACCUACCUUAUGCCUAAUCUACGCACGUGCUAUAUCCCCGAAGACCGGUACAUCGAUGAGGUCGCGGUAGACGAGAACGCAAUAAAAAGCUGGAACGAUAUCUGUGCCGUUCUUAAAGAGAGCUGUCAGUAUUGUUGGGGCAAGUGGUUGGACAUCGCGAUGGAUAAAGUGACAGAUUUGGUCAAAGGUUUGCCGCAAGAGUUCACUUUGGAAGCCAACGUUGAUUAUUUGAUGAUGCAAUGGGACGUGAUACAGAUACAAGAAAAGGGCGACGAAGGGAACACAAUAGAAUCCAUUAUAAAAGUACCCGCUGGUCCUUCGUUAAAACUUCAGGAAUAUCUGUACGCGGUUAGUCGAAUAUUGGACGAAGUAGUUCCGCACACGUUACCUCAUGAGAUCCACACUGCCUUCAUAGAGAAAGUUACGUUUGUCACACUCACACAUUACAACACAGUCAUAAGAGAGAAGGAGAGCGAUAUAAAUCAGCGGUGUGGACUUCAGUUACUUAUGGACGUUAGACAUCUGACUAUGCUUAUGGUGCCGCGGGAGAACAAAAAAUCGAUUGAGUUCUCCCAUGAUAUUUGCGAGUUUCUAAGGCAGAAGAUAGAUCCUUUUGAUUACGACGUGUUCUAUCCAUAUAUUCAGACCAAUUUGAAGCGAUCCGUGCAACGAGUACAGACUCUCCUCGGAAGUUUGAUCCAACAUCACGCACAAUUAACCGGUAUCAUCGGUACUAAACCGGUUUUAUCCGGCGGUACUGGGGAUAAGGCCGCGUCUCUACUCGCGGCCUCAGAUGCACACUGGUUCUCUCUGUUGCCAGUGGCCACGCCGACGAAUGUUAAUAAGAAACAGGAGAAAUCAGUUAAGAAGAAGCCAGUCACUGCAACCAGUCCCAGCAAGUCGAAAUCGGAUAUAUCCGAACUGAUGACAAGUUCCUUGCCUAUCAACUUUGCGAACGCUAGGUCAGGAGCUGCCUCGUUCUUCAAUUCCAUGACGUCGGACUGGUUUAGCGGCUCUUAA